AUGAACGGCGACACAUAUUCAUCCAGAGAUUCUGGCCGUCCCCGUGACUAUUACCGCGACGAGCGGCGUGAGCGGGACCGAGGAGAGAGACCAGAGAGACCAGAGAGACCAGAAAGACCAGAAAGGCCAGAGAGACCAGAGAGACCAGACAGACCAGACAGACCAGAGAGAGCAGAGAGAGGAGAGCGACGUCGAUCGCGAUCUCCUCAUUUCGGCUCUCGGGGCUCUCGCCGCGAACCCGAAGCCAAUUCGUACUCUUCCAGUCGUGACUACCGCGCUCGUGAACGCGAAGACCGCUACACCAACCGCAGAGAUGAUCGGGAAUGGGAUCGCGGAGAUCGUGGCGAUCGUGCCGACCGUGGAGGUGGAGGCGACCGCGGUGAUCGCCGCCGCCGAGACUUCGACGACCGACCUCGACGAGACUUGUUUGAGGAUCGACCUCGCCGUGGAGGAGGUGAACGUGGAGGUGACAGGGAGCGUAAUGACCGUGGAGACCGCGGAGACCGUGGUGAAAGAAAGGAGCGCAAGAGAUCUGCAACACCACCGCGGAGGAAGGAGCCUACGCCGGACCUGACAGAUGUGCCUUCUAUCUUGGAGCGCAAGCGUCGUCUGACUCAAUGGGAUAUUAAGCCACCGGGCUAUGAGAAUGUCACUGCUGAACAGGCCAAGUUGUCUGGCAUGUUCCCUCUGCCUGGAGCGCCCCGGCAACAACCAGUGGACCCAAGUCGCCUGCAGGCGCUCGUCAACCAGCCUGCUGGCGCGGCGGAGAACACUGCUCUUCGACCUUCCAACUCCCGCCAAUCCAAGCGUCUCUUCGUCUACAAUAUCCCUGCUAGCGCCAAUCAGGAUUCUAUUAUGUCGUUCUUCAACUUGCAGUUGAAUGGUCUGAACGUUAUUCACAGCGUUGAUCCCUGCAUCUCCGCCCAAGUUGCUGAAGAUCAAACAUUUGCUCUUUUGGAGUUCAAGACCCCUACCGAUGCGACAGUUGCCCUGGCCUUCGAUGGUAUCACUAUGGCAGACAGCGGUGACAAGGGUCUCGAAGUUCGACGACCCAAAGAUUACAUCGUUCCAAAUGGAAGCGCAGACCAGGAAUAUCAGGAGGGAGUGCUCCUGAAUGAGGUGCCGGAUUCACCAAACAAGAUUUGUGUCUCCAAUAUUCCAGCCUAUAUCCCCGAGGAGCCAGUUACAAUGCUGCUUAAGUCAUUCGGUGAACUUAAGUCAUUUGUUCUGGUCAAGGACGCAUCGACCGAAGAAUCACGGGGAAUUGCUUUCUGCGAAUAUGUUGACCCGGCUGCCACUCCUAUCGCUGUGGAGGGUCUGAACGGCAUGGAACUCGGUGACCGUCACCUCAAGGUUGCUCGCGCUAGUAUUGGAACAACCCAAGCGUCUGGCCUUGACAUGGGUGUUAACGCCAUGUCGAUGUUUGCUAAGACAACCUCUCAGGACAUGGAGGCGGGUCGUGUGCUGCAACUUUUGAACAUGGUUACUGUCGAUGAACUUCUCGACAACGAGGACUACGAGGAAAUUUUGGAGGACGUCACGGAAGAGUGCAACAAAUACGGAAGAGUCUUGGGCUUGAAAAUUCCUCGACCCACUGGUCGUCAGACCUCCGGUGUUGGUAAGAUUUUCGUCAAGUUUGAAAACCCGCAAUCGGCAACCGAUGCGCUUAAGGCACUCGCUGGCCGCAAAUUUUCGGAUCGUACGGUCGUUGUCUCUUACUUUGGUGAAGAAAAUUUCGAUGUUGACGCUUGGUGA